CAUCUCGAUCUAGAAGCAUGGCUACCGUCUGGAAAAUUUCUCUCGUGUUCUUGUCUGUCAUAUGUCUUUCUCAAGCCGAGUGUCCACCUCUCUGGUCAGUAUACCAAGGGAACUGCUACCGCUUCUUCGGCCAGAGGAAAUCGUGGCACGAUGCUGAAGAUCACUGCAAUGGGUUCUUCACCAGUAAGAGCCAGGCCCAUCUUGCGACCAUCCGGGAAUCCAGUACCAACCACUUACUCAUCGAGAUGUGGAAAACUUCACUGAUUUCCAUUCAAAGCGAAGGGGAUCGUGUUUGGAUUGGGCUAAACGACCAAGUCACAGAGGGUGCCUAUACUUGGAUAUCAAGCGGGACACGCGGCAUACCAACUGAUGUCUGGCUUCCUGGCCAACCAGACGAAGGGGAGGAUGAGCAUUGCGUUGACUUCUGGAACAAUUCUGGCAAAAUAGGAUGGAAUGAUGAGAACUGCGCCAGAGAGAAUGCAUUUAUUUGCAUGAUGUAUAUCGGUAGUUAUUGAUUAGUAGUUUAUCAUCAUUUAUCAGCAUUGUAGGUCGACUGAAGUCAACACCGCACCCGAAGCCACCUCUCAGCAUCGAUAUGAGACUUUCAUGUCUCGACUUUACAACUCUGUACAACUUGAGGAAAAUGACGAACAGCUCCACACAAUGACAAUCGCCUGAGAAAUUCUUCAUCUUAAGAAGUUCAUGAAGUUUAACUUUUCACACACACACAACAAUGUCUAAACUUGUGCAUGCAUUUGUUUGCUGUAUCAUGCAUUAUAUAAACAUGACUGUACCUGAUAAACUCACAAACUCAUUUUCAAGGCAAAGUAUGCAUUUGGUUUUUGGAACCGUUCAAGUGUUUAAUCCUGCAGUUAUGUGAUCAUUUCAUUUCAUAAGGUGAGAGCGCCUUUGGGAUAAUUAUCACCGAAAAUCCGGACCGAAUAAGGAUGUCCCGCUGGAAGCAUAAUCCCUAAUAAUAGAAAUACACAAUUUGAGAAACGUUACUGACAUUUAACGCUUUUCAGAUUCAAUUUUUUGGAGGAUUAAACCUGAUUCAAGUUUCCAUUAUAAUGCAUUAGCCUACCACAUUAUUUUGAAAUGAAAUGUUACUAAACUAAUGCUGUCCUCAACUGCUGAACGGAAGCUGCUGUGAGACUCUACAAUAAAGCUUUUAUUGUCAUAAUUAAUUUUAAGGGUGAUUAAACCGUACUAUAUUGGUAAUUACUCAAAAAUAGUUGUUAGCAUAAAAACUCAGUUAACGACCAAUUACUGAUAACAAUAGUAACUGUGAGAAACGGCUCCAUGUGAAGUAUUGUAGUUUUUGAGAACUGAGAUAUUUCUCACUAAAUUAAAACACUUCAGACUAUGGUGUCCUUCAUUAUUCUCUUCGAUGGAAAUUGAGUCAAAUCUUUUUACGGACUCAUUGUUAUAAGCCUAUCGUUUGGACACACGAAAACUUGUCUUUGUCUGAGAAAACUUGUCUUUGCCACAAUAGUCAAUCAUAGUGUCCAGUGCCUUUAGUGGUUUCAAUGAUGGUUGAAGAAAUUACAAAAUUAUU